UUGCUUUAAUGGUGAUAUUUGAUGUUCUCACUUCUUCAAAUGCAGUGAUGCUUGCUUUAAUGGUGAUAUUUGAUCUUCUCACUUCUUCAAAUGCUGCAGUCAUGUUCUCUUUGGUGGUUCCUGAUGGACCUAUAUCAGGACCUUUGGGAUCUUCAGUUGUUCUGCCCUGUACACUUUCUCCUUCUCUGGACUGUAAAGGGUAUAAAAUAAGCUGGUAUCGUCCAAAUAACGACGACAACCCAGUUCUGCUGUAUGAAGAUCUGAAGGUGCAGGAGAACGCUGGAGAUCCUCAGUACAGAGGAAGAGCGUCUCUGGUUGGAGAUCUGCAGAAAGGAAACGUCUCUCUGAAACUGGAGAACUUCACUCUAGCAGACAGAGGAGAAUACGUGUGCUAUGUUAACGCUUAUAAAUGGUAUGACAAGGCCAGCGUUUUCACCACUGUUACAGUGGUUGGAUCUCUUCCUUACCUCUCAUUGGCUGAAGUUGGAGAUCAGGUUAAUGUUACCUGUGCUUCAGAUGGAUGGUCACCAAAGCCCACCCUCAUCUGGAGAGACAAAAGAGGAAAAGGACUCAAGAACAUUUCUCAAUACUAUCUUAAAGAUUCUGAAGGGUUGGUGAGUGUGAGAUCUUGGCUGAUGUUCUCUCCCUCAGACUCAGAGUGGAUCUCCUGUUCUGUGGGUUUAUCUGAUCAGGAGAUGAAAGAGGGAAGAGUUCUGCCACUCAAAACACUUCAAUCAGGAUGGAAAGCCGCUUUCAUCGUCUUACUGGUAAUCUUUGUGUUGGUAAUAUCACUCCUCGUCUUCCUCAUAAUUAAAGGUCAUGUUUGGCGAAAACCUUCAAAGUCCCCACAAACAGAUGAAGAAGCAGCACCUCUUGUUGAUCCAGCAUCAGAUGCUGCAUACCCAGGUACAGAUGAACAAACACAACAGAUCCAGCAUCAGGUGAUGAAGGCCCAGGUACAGAUGGAGAAACACAAGCAGAUCCAGCAUCAGGUGAUGAAGGCCCAGGUACAGAUGGAGAAACACAAGCAGAUCCAGCAUCAGGUGAUGAAGGCCCAGGUACAGAUGGAGAAACACAAGCAGAUCCAGCAUCAGGUAAUGAAGGCCCAGGUACAGAUGGAGAAACACAAGCAGAUCCAGCAUCAGGUGAUGAAGGCCCAGGUACAGAUGGAGAAACACAAGAUUGGAUAA